UUGCGGCGAUUUCGCACUAAGGGAAGAAGGAGGGGCGAUGUCGAGGACCGGAGAAAACCCCCGACGCCCACAGUGAACAUAGAGGGUUAUGACCCUCAUUUGCUUAUUACGUUACCGGCAGCAUGAGAAGUCACGUGAUAUUUCAGUAACAUGGCGGCCCUGUCGGGCGAGGAAAAGAAAAUAAUCAAUUUCUUGCAAGAAACCGCUGAUGCUUCUACUGUAUCGGAAAUUGGAGAUAAGACAGGAAUUGAUAAGCGUAAUCUACAUCUUUCUUUGAGAAAACUUAAGAAAAAAGGGUUGGUGUUAUGCACAUCGUCAAAGCCUCAAAAGUGGUACACAACUCCAGUGAAUCAAGUGGUUCGAGAAGUCGAGUCGGAGCAAGAUCCUGUCCUGCAGAGGCUAUCUACAUCUCAGCAGAAUCGGGAGCAGAUGAUCUUGCAGCAUAUGAAACAACACAGAGAGCCUAAAAGUGCUAUUCAGAUUCGCUAAGGGACUUGGACUAACAACCAGAAAAGAGGUGAACCCAACCUUAUAUAAACUAGAAAAGAAAAAGAUCAUCAAGAUUAUCAAGAAUCAAGCGAAAGGUCCACCACUCUGGAGGCUUGACUGUGAUAUGGAUAAAGAUGCUUUCAAA